GUGAAACUUAACCAGCUGUUGAGACACGAAGCAGAAAUGGAGCAGAAAGGAGUUCAACUGGAUCAGGAAACAUUUUCCUGUUCAAUCUGUUUGGAUCUACUGAAGGAUCCAGUGACUAUUCCCUGUGGACACAGCUACUGUAUGAGCUGUAUUAAAACCCACUGGGAUGGAGAUGACGGGAAGAACCUCCACAGCUGCCCUCAGUGCAGACAGACCUUCACACCCAGGCCUGUCCUGGUCAAAAACACCAUGUUUGCAGAUUUAGUGGAACAGCUGAAGAAGACUGGACUUGGAGCUGCUGCAGCUGACCACUGCUAUGCUGGAGCUGAAGAUGUGGCCUGUGAUUUCUGCACUGGGAGGAAACUGAAAGCUGUCAAGUCCUGUCUGGUGUGUUUGGUGUCCUACUGCCACAAACACCUUCAGCCUCAUUAUGACGUACCUCAGUUCAAGAAACACAAGCUGGCGGAUCCAUCAGAGAAGCUCCAGGAGAACGUCUGCUCUCGUCAUGAUGAGGUGAUGAAGAUGUUCUGCCGCACUGAUCAUCAGUGUAUCUGUUAUCUGUGCUCUGUGGAUGAACAUAAAGGCCACGACACAGUCUCAUCUGCAGCAGAAAGGACUGAGAGGCAGACAGAGCUGGAGGUGAGUCGACAGAAAAUCCAGCAGAGAAUCAAAGACAAACAGAAAGAUGUGAAGGUGCUUCAACAGGAGGCGGAGGCCAUCAGUCGCUGUGCUGAUGAAGCAGUGGAGAAGAACCACAAGAUCCUGACUGAGCUGAUCCAACUCCUGGAGGAAAGAAGGCGUGAUGUGGAGCGGCAGAUCAGAUCCAAGGAGGAAACUGAAGUGAGUCGAAUCAAAGAGCUGGAGUCGAAGCUGGAGCAGGAGAUCACUGAGCUGAGGAGGAAAGACGCUGAGAUGGACAAACUGUCACACACACAUGACCACAACCAGUUUUUACUCCAGUAUCCAUCAGUGUCCCAACUCAGAGAAGAUCCUGACUCAUCCCACAUCCACAUCUGUCCUCGGAGUUACUUUGAGGAUGUGAUGACAGCUGUGUCAGAGCUCAGAGAUAAACUACAGCUCAGUCUGACAGAGGAACAGACCAACAUCUCACUGAGCAUCACUCAAACACAGGUUCUACCAGAACCAGAACCGGAACCACAGACCAGAGCAGGAUUCUUACAAUAUUCACGUCACAUCACACUGGAUCCAAACACAAUGAAUAAAUGUGUGUCACUGUCUGAGGAGAAUAAAAGAGCAACACGUUUGAGACAAAAACAGAACUAUCCCAAUCAUCCAGACAGAUUCAGUUACCUGCGUCAGGUCCUGAGCAGAGAGAGUCUGACUGGUCGAUGUUACUGGGAGGUGGAGUGGAAAGGGGGGGGCAUUGGGGUCGCAGUCGCAUAUAAGGAUAUUCAGAGAAAAGGAGACUCUGAUGAACUUCUAUUUGGAAACAAUGACAAAUCUUGGGCCCUUGAUUCUAACAAUAACUCUCCUGUAUUUGUUCAUAACAGUGUUAAGUCUUCUGUCCCAGGUCCAGUUUCCUCCAGAAUCGGAGUGUACCUGGAUCACACAGCAGGUAUUCUGUCCUUCUACAACGUCUCUGAAACCAUGACUCUGAUCCACAGAGUCCAGACCACAUUCACUCAACCUCUUUACGCUGGAGUUGGUCUUUAUUGGAAUGUUGGAUCCACUGCCCACUUUCCUAAACUCCAAUAAACUCAUUGUUGACUUUGAUUCAGUUGACCAGAUCGAUCUGUUCGUAUCUGUCUCUAAAUCACACGACACAAUAACAGAUCAACUUUCUUUUUUUUUUUUUCCUGAACUCACAAUCCAGAUUUGGUUCCAUUCAGACUUUUUUGUAAGGAUUCUAAUAGUCAAGUGUAUGUGACUAUCAACCAGCAAAUUGUCUGUUUGUAAAAGCAUCUUCAGUGUUCACAGAGCUGUCAUUAACUGAGGACCACACAACAAGACUUUCAUGGUGUCUGUGCUUUGGAGGAAGUCAAACAAAGUGGAGCCACUGAGGCUGAGCUCAUGCAUGGAAACCUGUUCAUCUGGCUGAGUUCAUUCUGUUCCAUCUGAGCAUGUGCAAGAAAAGAGAAAUGAGAGGAAACAGAAGUGAUUUAGUCAAACAUGAGCUGGAGACCAGAACAGGGAGUUGGAUUCUAUCGUUACUACGUAUGUACAAACUCCCAAAGAAAUGCAAUAAUGGACUGAAACAUGGAAACAGGGUUUUUCCAUGAUUUCUGAAGUGCAUGUAAAUGAAUCAUAUCUGAUUAUUCCAUUUAUCUGAUUAUUAACAGUUAUUGGUUUUUUUAUGGUUGUGUAAACAGGGUGAAAAUGUUGGAUGAUCCAGUUCAAUAAAUAGAUGUCCACCAUCUUAGAAAAUGUUCUUAAAGCCUGAGGUGUGACUUAGUUCAAUGACGGAGAAAAUACUGAUGUUGUAAAUAUGAGAAGAUGUAAUAUUAGUAGAAUUAUCAGUCAUCACAUAAUGGGGAAGUUUAUGGAAAAAUGUUGAUUUGUGUUGAUUUGUAAAGCCUGAUGUGAUGUCCAUUCAGUAGAAGCUGCACCAGUUGGUUCUGUUACAGAUGGAAAACUGAUCCACUAAAGGUUUAGACUAUGAGAC